AUGCCUCACUCCACAGAUAACAACAGUGCUGCACAACAGCAGCCCGACAAAAAACCUGAAGUCGUUGUUCAUCCAGUGCCGAGCCGUCUUCUCGAUUCUCAACAAUGUCCCACACCUCAUAUCACCUCAAUGGACGAAUACCGUAGAAUGUGGAAGGAGAGUGUUGAAGAACCUGAAAAAUUUUUUGGCAAUCUUGCACGCGAUAUUUUAUCAUGGGAUAAGCCUUUCGAAACGGUUAAACAUGGAUCUUUUGACAAUGGUGAUGUCGCUUGGUUUUUAGAGGGUGAAUUGAAUGCUUGUUAUAACGCUGUUGAUCGUCACGCUUUAAAAAACCCUGAUAAGAUUGCUAUCAUACAUGAAGGUGACGAACCCUCCAAUGUUCGUCGCAUCACUUAUGGUGAGCUUUAUCGCGACGUCUGUCGUAUGGCUAACGUGCUCAAGAAACUUGGCGUACGCCGUGGUGAUAAUGUCGCUAUUUAUAUGCCUAUGAUUCCUGAAACUUUGAUUGCCACCUUAGCCUGUGCUCGUAUUGGUGCCAUUCACUCUAUCGUCUUUGCUGGUUUUUCUGCUGAAUCUCUUUUGGAUCGUGUGGCCGAUUGUGGUGCUCAUAUUGUCAUCACUUCUGAUGAAGGUCGUCGUGGUGGUCGUAAUAUUGCCACCAAAUGUAUUGUAGAUACCGCUUUAUCCAGACAAGAGGCUCACCAAGUCGAGCAUGUCAUUGUUUACAAACGCACCGGUUCUGAAGUCCCCAUGAUGGAGAACCGUGAUCUCUGGUGGCAUGAAGAAAUGGCCAACGCUCGUCCUAUCUGCUCUUAUGAAAAGAUGAGUGCUGAGGAUCCUCUCUUCUUGCUCUAUACCUCCGGUUCUACUGGUGCCCCGAAAGGUAUUGUUCAUACCACAGGUGGUUAUUUAUUAGGAGCUGCUGCUACCGUCAAGUAUAUUUUCGAUGUGCGUGAAGAUGAUAUUUAUGCCUGCAUGGCUGAUAUUGGAUGGGUCACUGGUCACAGUUACAUUUUAUACGGUCCUUUGACGCUGGGCGCCACCACCGUUCUUUUUGAAUCCACACCUACUUACCCUACACCUGCUCGUUUCUGGGAACUCAUCGAUAAGCACAAAGUCACUCAAUUCUAUACAGCUCCUACAGCCAUCCGUGCUCUUCAACGCCUGGGCGACAAAUGGGUCGAGCAAAACGAUCUCUCGACGUUACGUGUCAUCGGUUCAGUCGGUGAACCUAUCAAUCCGGAAGCUUGGAAUUGGUAUAAUGAAAAGGUGGGUAAAGGACGUUGCGCUGUCGUCGAUACCUACUGGCAAACAGAAACGGGAUCCAUCAUCAUCAGUCCCUUGCCUGGUUGCACACCUACGAAGCCCGGGUCUGCCACCCUUCCUUUCUUCGGUAUCAAGCCUGUGCUUCUUGAUCCCUCCACUGGCAAAGUCAUCGAAGGUCCCCAUCAAUCCGGUGUGUUAGCCAUUAGUCAAGCCUGGCCUUCCAUGGCUCGCUCCGUCUACAACAAUCAUUCUCGUUUUAUUGAAACAUACCUCCGCCCUUACCCUGGCUACUACUUCACCGGUGACGGUGCGAUGAGAGAUGAGGAUGGCUAUAUUUGGAUUCAAGGACGUGUGGACGAUGUGAUCAAUGUCUCGGGUCACAGAUUAUCCACAGCAGAAAUUGAAUCAGCACUCAAUACACACGAAUCCGUUGCCGAAGCCGCUGUCAUUGGCGGACACGAUGAUUUGACAGGUCAAUGUAUUCAUGCUUUUGUUUCUGUAAAGCCUCAUAUUAAGGCCACUGAAGGAUUUGAUAAGGAAUUGACCCUUGUGGUUCGUAAGACCAUCGGUCCUUUUGCUGCCCCCAAACGUGUCUAUAUUGUGAAUGCUCAUCCCAAGACGAGAUCCGGUAAGAUCAUGCGUCGUAUCCUUCGUAAGAUUGUGAACGGUGAGCAUGACCAAUUGGGUGAUAUCUCUACUCUUGCCGAUCAAACAGUUGUACCUUCUAUUAUUGAGGCUGUCCACGGCAUCAAGCAAUAA